UUUAACGCGUUUUUGUUGUUGAUAUUCUUCCUCUCGUGUGUUGAUCUGAGAACAUGGAGAAACUGACCUGGUGUUGGCUGCUGUUGGCGGUGCUGAACUCCGCUCUCGCCCAGAACAAGUUAACCACAAAAUACUUCACGGAUGGCGGGGAGCUAACGUUGGAUCUGAGGCCUCCUCCUCCUCCUGGACCUCUCGGAGACGUCCUGUGGAAGAUUGACGGUAACCUGGUAGCUGAGUGGGUCAAAGAUAUAGUUCCUGUGACUUAUUACAGAAACUUUAUUGGCCGCACAACCCUGAAUGUAACCACUGGACGUUUGGUAAUCAAAGACAUGACUAAAGCUGACAUGGGUGUGUAUUCAGUGGAAGUCAACCGCAAGGUCCAGAAUGAGCGCUAUAACGCUGUAUGGAUCAAAGAAGUCCCCCAGCCUGAGAUAUGGAUCAGACCAUUAACAUGUUCCAAUGAUUCGGACAGUUGUACGCUGGACUGUGAAGCGAACAUCACAGAGCCAGCUGGACCCGUCACCUACAGCUGGAAGAAGGGAGACGGAGAGUGGAAGGAGUCGGGAAAGGACUUGGACAUCACCAAGAAUGGGACAUUAGAUGUGGAGACCUUCACCUGCCGGAUACAGAACCCAGUCAGUGAGAGAGACAGUAAACCCAAAAGAAACCCGCUCUUAGAGGAAAAAAGGGGAUGAGGAUGCAGUUUAAAGCUCCAGGCCCUGCAGAGGGAAGAGCGUGUGUUUGGCCAUGAGUAAGAAACCAAAUACCAAAGCAAGGUUUCUUUUUUAUUGCUUUUAAAACAGCUUUGCAUAAGUUCAUGUUCAGUGCUGACUGAUUUGAACAAUAUAUCAAAGUUCAGUUUAGGCUUGAUGUAUUUACAUUUGCCAUGUUGUUUCAUCUUGUUAUGACUUCCUUAUUAACACUGAUGAAGUUUGACUGAUAUUAUUAUUGAGAUGUUAUCAAAAAACAAAUGAAAUUGCUGCCUUAUAUAAUUAAAAUGCUAUAAUUUUGCAUUGUGCGUACCAUUGCAACGGAAAAUACAAUUUGUACUAAGUCUGUAAUAG